AUUAUUUUAAAGAUAAAAGGAAUAGAUGAAUUCAAAUCCAAAGAUGUCCAGUUCUUGAGACAAGAUAUCAACUCAAUGCAUCAAUAUAUACGUCGUGUAUUAGACUCCACAAAUUCAAACCAAAUUAAUUACAAUCUCAUUAUGACAGAAAUUGAGCAUUGUAAAGGUAUACAAAAUAGUUGUCCGAAUAAUUUUUGUGAAGAGCUCAAUGAAGAAUUGACGGCAUUAAAAUGUUCAAUUACUGCUUGCUUGUAUAACAUAUUAUAUAACAAACUUGARUCUAGAACUAAAAUAAGCACUGAAGAUUCUCGCCUCGUUAUUUAUCCUAAUCAUCGUAAGUAUGUUUACAGCCAAAAGUAUAUUGAAUGUGUUAAUUUUAUUAAAGAGUUCAUAAAAUCAGAUAAUACUGUUAACAUUGAUUGUUCAGCUUUACGUCAAAAUAUAAUAUCGUUCAUGGCAUUAAAGUUUCCUAUUGGAGAGUUAGUAAACUCUGAUGAAUGUUUAGAUUCGGCCAACAUAAUCAAAAAACUAAAUGGAGCUUAUGAUACAGUACACACUCUGUUACGAGCCAUAAAUAUAUUGGAGUUUGAAUAUUUAUAUAAAUAUAGCCAAGAGGAUAUGCAUUGGCAUAUGAGAAAUCCCCAGUUACACGUAAAACAUUCAAAACAAGCUAAAGAGGAAUUAAAUUCAACUUCAAUUUCUCAAAAUAGCUAUGAAAGUAUUAUUCAUGUUUAUAAUGAAAAAUUAAAUGAAGAGAUAAACCGGUCAUUAUCAUUGGAACAAGAAAAAAUGCACUGGGAAAAUGAAUAUAAACUUUUAUGUAAAAAAAAAGAAAUUGUAUCAAAUGACAAAUAUUCUUCAUGUUCGGGAGCAUUUACAGUAGAAAAUGAAAUCACUGCUUUGAAAACUCGACUGGACCACAGCAUAUUUGUGCGUAACAAUCUAGAAAUAAAGUUACAUGAAGCAUCAGAGCAUAUUGAUGAUUUGAAAGAAGAAUUUCAUUUAACAUCUACCAAUUACGAGACUCAACUCAGAGCAAUGACCGAACAUUUGGCUAGUUUAAAUGAGACCGUUGUGUUAGAGCGGCGGCAUAUAGAUGAUCUUAACAGUCAGUUGAAAAUAAAAGCAGGAAAAAAGAAGUCUUCCAAGUGAACAUAACAUCAUCAGUAUUAAGUAUUUAUUUAUAUUAACCAUUUAAUCUUACAAAAUAUUAUAUAAUAAUCUAUUGAUAGUUUUUUACGC